AUGGGUGCACCAAAGUUUGUUCCGCUUUCGAUCUUCGUAUUGUUUUUUGUGUUCUCAUGUGUGUCAUGUACUGAGUUUGAAGCUGGAGGAGAUAAUGGUUGGAUCGUACCACAAUCUAGUGACCAGGGAGAUAUAUUUAACCAAUGGGCUGCUAAGAACCGGUUUAAAGUUGGCGACAGUAUCCGUUUCAAGUACAAGAAAGACUCUGUUCUUGUGGUAUCAGAAGAUGAGUACAAGAAAUGCCAAACGACCAAACCGGAACUGUACUCGAACCACGAUGACACGGUUUUCAAAUUGGACCGUCCCGGUUUGUUCUAUUUCAUAAGCGGCGUCACAGGCCACUGUGAGAAGGGUCAGAAAAUGAUCAUCAAAGUCAUGGAGGUCGAAUCUACGCCGCAGUCUCCUCCACCUUCUUCGUCUCUAGCGGCUUCCACUCCCAAGGCCAAGAAGAGCAACCACGCCGUGAGAGAAACGACUCAGUUCAUUGGUGCCGGUUUAGUUGCAGUUUCAGUUCUAGUUCUGACGUUUAGUCUAGUGUAG